AUGGGCUGCGUUGUUGAUGGUUCUGUCGUAGGUUCGACUUUAGCUUCUGGUAAUUUCUACUUUCAAUUAUCCUUCAAUACUGGUGGUUCUAGUUUAAGAAGGGAUUUAAAUCGUGCUUCAUACUUCGGCUGUGGAGGUAAUACGGUUUCCUUCUACGUCGGGGACGAUGAACUUUCGACAAACACCAUUUUUCCAAUAGUUUCAGUAACAGACCCAACUGUGGUCGCAAGAGAGAAUGCUACUGUCAAAAAUCAACAAGUAUAUCUUUUCGACGGUAGAUGUCCUCAAGGUUAUCAGCUGGCUACUGCACUGUUUUCGAUAUUGGAUCCCGGUGGCAGGCAAAAGUUAUAUUUCAGAAGGCAAAUUUCAAUAAGGAAUUUGUAUGUAGUUUCGAGAGAUUCACGAAGGAAUUAA